AUGGAAAGAACUAAUUUCAAAUUAUUGGGCAUAAAGCACUAUUUCAGAUAUAUUAGUUUAGCCAAAGCUUAUGAGUUUGGAGAAUCUGAUAAUGGGUUUAAAAAAGGUAAAUGGAAAUAUUAGUAUAAAGAUGAAGUGAUGUAUUAAUUAAAUUAAAUAAUUAGCUAAUAUAAUGAAACUGGUCAAAGAAAUGGUAAAUAGGUGAAUAUGUUGGAAGCUUUUUGGGAUUAAUCUCAAGUUACUUAUAACGGUGAAUGUCACAGUAGUAAUAACUUCGGCAGAUGGGAUAUCAUGCAUAGGCGACAUAAAUAUUAACCAUUCGAAUAAAUGUAAAAAAUAUAGAUAAAGUUAAAUAUGUUCAAACAAUUUAUUUUCAGUGGUGGUGGAUCUUAUGACAAAGCAAAUGAUGAUGUUAAGAUUGGCUAGUGGAUUGAUUUGGAUGAAAAUUUCUUGAAUAAAAAACAAGUAACAUUUGUAGGUGAAUAUUAAAAUGGGAAAAAAGUUGGGAUGAAGAAGAUGGAUAGAAUAAACAAAAUUAAUAUUGAAAGUUUAUCAUAAAAUAGUGGAAGUGGUUCUUAUGAAGAAGGAGGUGAUGGUAUUAAGGUAGGGAAGUGGAUUGACUUAGACAAAAAUUUUUGGGAAAGAAAAUAGGUUACUUAUAUUGGCGAGUAUCGAAAUGGUUAAAAAGUUGGGAGGUGAGAUAUUGGCUUCAUUUAAUAGAACAAUCAUGUGCAAGCUAAUUUUCAUAAUCAAAGAGUGUUAAAAG